AUGGUUCGAAGAAUAGCGUCCCAGGUGCACCAGCAGGUCUCCAGGCUGAUGCGCGGGAAUUACAUCAAGAAAGAGCCCGCCUGGUACCAAGCUGUUCUCGACAACCCACCGCUUGCGCUUCCCCCGAAGGCGCCUCCUCCGCGUACUCCCUAUGACCAGAAACCAGCGACUUCGAGUAAACUCCGGCCACAUAGCGUCCGGCCGCUAUCUAUCUACUACAUUGAAGAUGAUAUUCGCCGUCAGUUCUUCCGCGACCAUCCAUUCGAGGCGUUCCGACCAACUACGCUUGUGGAGAGUGACCGGAUAGAGGACCCCCACCCAAUUGCAGGAGAAACGUGGACGCGACUACGGCAGCGAGGGCGGAAUCCCACACCGGAAGAUGCCGUUCAAUUCUGCCUGAAUCUGUACCAAUAUCAUGGGAUGUCCUUGAGCGACGCGUACGGCCGCGCAGUCGCGCAAUUCCGGGCACUGCGCUCAGAACACCACAUCAUGACCUCUUUCGCCGCCCAGGAGGCCGAGGAGCUGGGUUCGACGUUUGGUGAGAGCGAGGUAGAGAGCAUUUUCGAGGCUAGCAAGAGAAGUAUUGCGACAUGGGAGAGGAAAGAAGAGAUGGAUGAGGGUAUUGCUGCAGCUCGCAAGCGGUGGAAGGCGAUAGUCGGGCGCAGCCAUGGACCAAAUCAGUGGACGAAGGGAGUGGAGUACGUCAGGCUGUGGCAGGAAGGCAACAAACCCAACUAUAUGCCUGCCUUGACGGAUCCUGUACAAGAAGUCCAAGCACCUCCAGUUGUUCAACCUCCACCCCCACCUACCACGAACAAGAAGGGACCCGGAGCAAAACCAGCGGGAUCGAUGGAAAGCGACCCUUUAAACCUGGGACGUCGCAUUUAG